AUGGUGUCAAAGUUUUUGCCGACGAUACUUCGCAGCGGUUUCUUGUCAUGCUUGCGAAUCGAAAGUGCGGUUUUUAGUUCGUUUGCACCCGUGACUAAGCGUAGUUGCUUCGAUGUAACCCGUUCAGUGCACUCUCUCUCUUGCAAUCAAUUAAACUUCCCUCGCGUUUUAAAUUUGCCAUCAAGAAACAGUACAAUAUUCACUUCAUUAACGAGCGACGUUAUCUGGGAAGGUGUCACUGGACCAAAAGGCAGUACGAAGAAACGAGCACGAGGAAAGCGUCGGGUGACGCGGCCAAAAAUUGAUUUAAAUCGUGGACAGAGAAUUGGCUGCAAUCGUGAAGGUUAUUUGUGGCCCGGUUUGAAUGCUCCUCUCUAUGAACAAUCCUUCCUGCGGAAAGUUCAGAAAGGUGAUGUUAAUCAGGAAUAUUUGAAUAAACUGGAAGAAUUGAGAAACAAAUCCGCGGUGAAAAGAAAGCGGGUAAAGUUACCUCCUCUUCUCCGAGGGUGGACAGGCGCGAGCAUGGGUGGACAGUCUUUGGGCCCCUUAGAAUCCGGUUCCCCAGGAUUCGAUUCGCGCGUUUUAGAGCUCAAGGCGGUGUCUACAAUGACUGCGACUGUGGGUCGAUAUCGGAGAUUCUCGGCGCUUGUGGUUGCGGGCAAUGGACAUGGUGUCUGUGGUGUUGGCAAGGCUCGUUCCGUCACUAUGCGAGCGGCCCUAAAAAGAGCAAAAAACCGCGCCUUUCUUAACCUGAUUUCAUUUAACCUUAAAGAAAACCGUACUCUGUGGCAUCUAGGUCACGUUCGGGAAUGGCACACCACAAUCUACGCCACACCGAAACCUGAAGGGUACGGUUUAGUGUGCCAUCGUGCAAUUAAGACUCUUUGUGAGCUCAUCGGUAUCAAAGAUAUGCAUGCCAAAGUGGAGGGCAACACAAAAAACUACCUCUCGAUCGUGCGAGGAUUUUUGCGAUUACUAAAUGAGCAGGAAACCUACGAGGACGUAUCAAACCGACUGGGCAUGCAUGUGGUCGAAUUCAGCAGGGAUUAUAAUAUGGUACCGAAAGUCCUUGCUUCUCCAAGAGCAGGUGUCACGCAGGACUGUGUGAACUACACCGGUCUCAAGUCAGACCCUCUUUUGAAGGUCCGUGCGCCACCCAAGGCUCCCAGGGUUGGUAAUAAAUACUCCAUCGAUCUUCCCUCUUUGCAUGCCUUCUGGGAACACCAGGAAAAAGUACACGGCGAGCGCCCUGUACUACAGAUUACAAACCCGCGUUACCCCGUCCCAAAGCCCAAGCCAGACCCGGAAUUCGACCCGGUAGAUGACCUAAUCGACGACGAGGAGAAUGAAGUCGAGGAAGAGGUUAAGCGCCUCUUAGAAAGAGGUGAACGUGACCUGGAUACUAUAAUCACACUAAAGGGUUUAAUUCCUAACAUCAAGAAGAACCCACUACCUGCCUACCUCUCAUCUCCUGGAGUACUCAAACGCGCCUCCGAAAGGUACCGAUACAGAAAUCAGGAAGCCUCCAGACGAGAACGACUUGUCUAUGCUGCACUUGAUGAGGAAUGA